GCGGAGAGGAGACCAGGGCAAGCAGCAGUAGCAAAGCAGAAGCAGAGGCAGAGGCAGCACAGCUUGAUCGUUCUUCCAUCGAUCGAUCGGCAGCUAGCGCUCACAGUACUCUCGAUCGCUCGCUCGCGCUGGUCCGUUGAUUCGUUGUCCUAGAUAGAUAGCUAAAGGGGGGCCAUGGCAUCGACGACAGCGCCGUCGAGGACCAACUCUCGGGUGAACUACUCGAACGAGAUCCAUGACCUCUCCACCGUGCAGAGCGUCUCCGCCGUCCCCAGCGUCUACUACCCCGAGAAAUCCUUCGCCGACAUCUUCCCUCCUAACCUCCUCAAGAAGGUGAUAUCGGAGGUGGUGGCGACGUUCCUGCUUGUGUUCGUGACGUGCGGGGCGGCGUCCAUCUACGGCGAGGACAUGAAGCGCAUCUCGCAGCUGGGGCAGUCGGUGGUCGGUGGCCUCAUCGUCACCGUCAUGAUCUACGCCACCGGCCACAUCUCCGGCGCCCACAUGAACCCGGCCGUCACCCUCUCCUUCGCCUUCUUCCGGCAUUUCCCCUGGAUUCAGGUGCCGUUCUACUGGGCGGCGCAGUUCACGGGGGCGAUGUGCGCGGCGUUCGUGCUGCGGGCGGUGCUGUACCCGAUCGAGGUGUUGGGGACGACGACGCCGACGGGGCCGCACUGGCACGCCCUCGUCAUCGAGAUCGUCGUCACCUUCAACAUGAUGUUCGUCACCUGCGCCGUUGCCACCGACUCCAGAGCGGUGGGUGAGUUGGCGGGGUUAGCAGUCGGUUCCGCGGUUUGCAUUACGUCGAUCUUCGCAGGGCCGGUGUCAGGAGGAUCGAUGAACCCGGCGAGGACGCUGGCGCCGGCGGUGGCCAGCAACGUCUACACCGGCCUCUGGAUCUACUUCCUCGGCCCCGUCGUCGGCACCCUCUCCGGCGCAUGGGUCUACACCUACAUCCGCUUCGAGGAGGCCCCCGCCGCCGCCGGCGGCGCCGCCCCCCAGAAGCUCUCCUCCUUCAAGCUCCGCCGCUUGCAGAGCCAGUCCAUGGCCGCCGACGAGUUCGACAACGUCUAAUCGCCCUGACGCCAUGGACCCACACCGUACUGCUAUACUGUAUACGUAUAUACAUAUGUAUGUAUGUACUGCACGCGUACGUACGUACGCACGUGCACGAGCGCGGGAAGCCAUUGUUUGUACGAUCGACGACUCUACCAAGUCGAAAUGUAAUGUGUACGGUGUCUGUGUACGUGUGGUGGUGCUGUGUGUACGUGGGCCCGCUCUGCUUGAAGAAGAAGAGAGAGCUUGAGCUAGCUAUACGUGUAUACAUGUACCGUGUACUAUACGUACGUGCGUAUUUGUCUUUUUUUUUUCCUCUCUUCCCUGCGCCUACGUGCGUAUGUACGUACGCUUUCUCUCGCUGGUAUAAUCAGCUGGCGAUCGAUAGCGGCAAAAAUAUGUUAUGUGUUCGUGUCAGUCUCUUUGGCUUUGUAUUAAAAAUCAAUCUGAGUUAAUGAAGGAGCUGAGCUUUGCUUGUCA